ACACAUAGUACGUAGACAAAAAAGUUCCGCCCGGGGAAUAUAACCUAAAAUCAAAACACUGCUAUGGUUCCGCAGUGGCUUGCGCAUAUAUUUACAUGUAUACAUACUUAUAUAUAAAAAGCGAUACCUUGGAGCCUGAAGAGGAAGAAGAGAGAACAAUGAUCGACAGCCACGAGGAGAAUAUAUAAAGUGGAUAACCUUCGAACAAUUCUGGGUGUGAGGCUAUAAUCCUCUCCUACUCCUUGUCCAGUGAGAUCCAGUCCCCCUGUGAUGAUAGGAUGGGUGAUAGGUGUAUGCGAGUAUAUCUGUAGCUAUGCGUAUACUUGAUUUUUAGCGCCGCCGCCGGCGCGCGCGUGACGACCUAAUCGUCACAAGAAAACGGAUGAGCUCACGUAUACUUGGCUUAUUGCUAGCCUUUCGCCGCACUACUACUAUUACUUAGUGGUUUUCUUGCCGUUGCCCGUUGCCGUCAACGCGGCUGUAUCACUCGCAGACCGCAGUGCUGUUGCCGCUGCAUCAGUCUCUAUAAGUACCUAUAUAUAAGUACUCGCUCUGACUUUACUCUCUGGCCACUGGCGAUUCAGCUUCCAUCUGUAUUAUAUACCGCUGCUGCGUAUGUGCGUUUGUUCGACGCUCGUUCUCCAACAAUAAGUCGAAUCUUAGCUUUUGUCCUGCAACUUGGAUAUAAUUGGAGUGCAAGCGAUCGUAAUCUUCGCAAUCAUCUGCGUGCGCACCGCUGAUUGAGAAAAGUGGAACAGGCUUUAUAACGCAGGAGGUGCUGCAAAAUAAGAAGUCAUUGGCAAAAUGGAGCCCUUUUCCUGCCCGGACUCUUACGACCCUGCUGAGCACGAGGGCUACGACAGGGCAACGCAGCCCGGUCUCGACAUCUUCGUCAAAAGGGCCGUCCAAGUCAAGCGAAUUCUGCCUUCGCUCUUCAACAUCAAAGUGCUUGGAGAAAGAGGAUCUGGAAUCAGGCCUACAGGCACAGUCCAAGAUUUCAAUCAGCUGAGGCAAGAAUGUCUUUCUCAAGGAAAACUUUUCGAAGAUCCCGAAUUCCCUGCUAUAGAUUCAUCUAUAUUCUAUUCAAAAAGGCCAGACAGAUACAUCGAAUGGAGACGUCCAAUGGAAAUUGCUGACAAUCCUCAGUUAUUUGUAGAAGGAUAUUCUAGAUUUGAUGUUCAGCAAGGUGAAUUAGGAGAUUGUUGGCUACUUGCUGCAGUAGCAAAUCUAACAUUACACCCUAACUUGUUCUUCCAAAUUGUACCUGAAGAUCAGAGCUUUGAAGAGAACUAUGCUGGCAUAUUUCAUUUCAGGUUCUGGCAGUAUGGUAGAUGGGUUGAUGUGGUCAUAGACGAUCGUCUACCUACGUACCAAGGACGUCUAUUGUACCUGCGUUCAGCUGAAGACAAUGAAUUUUGGAGUGCCUUACUUGAGAAAGCCUAUGCCAAGUUGCAUGGCUCUUAUGAGGCCUUGAAGGGUGGUACUACAUGUGAAGCAAUGGAGGACUUUACUGGAGGAGUUACUGAAAUGUAUGAAAUGGAUGAGACCCCGCCCAAUCUUUUUAGUAUUUUGCUCAAAGCUUAUGAAAGAAAUUCACUCAUGGGUUGCUCUGUUGAGCCUGAUCCAAGUAUAUUAGAAGCUGAAACCCCACAAGGCCUUAUUAGAGGACACGCUUAUAGUAUAACUAGAGUAAAAUAUGUAGAUAUUCAAACGCCUAAUCAGAUGGGAAGAAUUCCAUUAUUGAGAUUGAGAAAUCCAUGGGGUAAUGAAGCUGAGUGGAACGGCCCUUGGAGCGAUGGCUCACCAGAGUGGAGAUUUAUUCCUGAUCAUGAAAAAGAAGAAUUAGGUUUAACUUUUGAUGUUGAUGGAGAAUUCUGGAUGUCCUUCCAAGAUUUCAAAAAAUAUUUUACAAGAUUGGAAAUUUGUAACUUGAAUCCUGACUCUUUAACAGAAGAUGAUCUUAAUGCAGGCAAGAAAAAAUGGGAAAUGAGUGUGUUUGAAGGUGAAUGGGUAAGAGGAGUCACUGCUGGUGGAUGCAGAAAUUUUUUAGAAACUUUUUGCCAUAAUCCGCAAUAUCGUAUAACAUUAGAAUAUCCAGAUGAGGACGAUGAUAAAUGUACCGUCAUUAUCGCACUCAUGCAGAAAAAUAGAAGAGCACAAAGGAGAAUGGGUGCUGAUUGUCUUACUAUUGGUUUUGCCGUCUAUCAUUUAGAGAAUCCUGAUAGACUUCCAAAGCCUUUAGAUAUUAAUUUCUUCAAAUAUAAUGCAUCAGUCGCUCGUUCACCAUCGUUUAUCAACUUAAGAGAAGUUAGCUGUCGAUUUAAACUUCCACCUGGAGUUUAUUGUAUAGUUCCUAGUACCUUUGAUCCAAAUGAAGAAGGUGAAUUCUUACUUCGAAUAUUCUCUGAAAACAAAAACAACAUGGAAGAAAAUGAUGACCAAGUUGGAAUAGGUGAAGUUGAUGAUAGGGUAAAAAAUCCUAAUGACAAUAAUACUGGCAAUGGAGAUAACAAGGUACAACCAGAACCAGUUGACAGAAAUGAAGAUAAAGUCAAAGAAUUCUUUAGGAAACUGGCUGGUGAUGAUAUGGAAGUUGAUUGGAUGGAACUGAAAGAAAUUUUAGAUUACGCUAUGCGUAAAGAAUUGCCACCGGCACGUCGUAGUGAGGCUCAUAACCCUGAACCCCCACAAGAAGAUGGUUCUUUCAUCGACACUCUUAUCUCCUUGCUCUGUGGUAUUAUUUGUAAUAACGAACAGGCCAAUAAGACUGAUAUAGAAAUGAAUAAUCAAGGCUUUAGCAAAGAUGUUUGUCGAAGUAUGGUUGCAAUGCUAGAUACUGAUCACUCUGGAAAAUUAGGAUUUGAGGAAUUCAAAGCACUGUGGAAUGAUAUUAGAAACUGGAGAGCGGUAUUCAGACUGUAUGACAGAGAUGGCUCUGGUUACUUGAGUGCAUUUGAGCUCAGACAAGCACUGAAUAGUGCAGGCUAUCGAUUAAAUAAUCAUAUAUUAAAUAUUUUGGUACAUAGAUAUGGUACUAAAGAAGGAUUGAUAUCGUUUGAUGAUUAUAUUAUGUGUGCUGUUAGAUUGAAAACUAUGAUCGAUAUCUUCCGGGAAAGAGAUCCAGACCACACUAAUUCAGCCACAUUUACUUUGGAAGAGUGGGUCGAAAAAACGUUAUACUCAUAAGUUGUUACAAAAAUAUUCCGUCGUUGAGUUUAUUCAUUACAAAAGAGUAAACUCAUUACUGUAAACAGACGAUAGCCAACACACUGUGUGAUAAUUAUCAUGGAAUCUCCAAAUUUGUAUUCAAUGGCUUCUACAUACUUAUAGUAAUUAUAAGAAUAAAUAAUUUUUUGUACAUUAUACGAAUUUUUUGAAAAGUUAUAUAAAAGAUUCUCUAUUUUUGACUUUUAAAUAAAUAAAUAUACAUAAAUAUAUUUAUAUACAUACUGGAAUAGGAUCUGAUGGUGCAUGUCACAGCUGUUGUUGCCGAUAACUGAUAUUUUUACUAUUAAAUAUGUAAUAGAUUUUUCGUUGAAACUAUUUGCCUUGAAACAAAGCAUUGAUAUUACAAUUUAUCAAUUCGAAUAGCUUUUAUAUAGUAAAUAAUUUAUUUUACCAUAUUCUUAAUAUUUAUACUGAUAUAGUAAAGUGAAAUUUGAACGUUAUUUAUAUAUAUGUAUACAUAGCAUAAAAUAUAUUGUACUUCACCAAAA